CGUCAUUCAGAAGUGUACCUCCGUACCUUAACUACUACCUGUACUUCAAGUUCUCUUUUCCUUCGCCAACCUCAAGGGCGUGAGCUUCGGACGGCAGGGGUUAGGGUUGACCAUGGUUGAGGCUUGAGAGCUCCCUGCACAGUCAAGUUAACACACCCUGAGCUCUUCAUCUUCCGACGUGGCUGAGCUGCUCUGAUUGGGCGACAUCAGUCCGGGGAGCAGCUCGGCACCCGAGAGCUCACGUCUCGAAAAAGUUCCCGUCGUAAGAUAUCGGCGUUAGGUGCAAGUGCAAUGGCUCUCCCGGCGGAACUCGCAGCGCGCUCCGCGCUGUCAAGAGUUUGCACACGAUGCUCUGUCUCUCUGGCAAGACAAGGCCGGCUGUCCAAUGGCUUGCUCAAUGUUUCCCAGCUACAGCGGCGGUCACUUUCAGAGAAGCGCCCCCGGGCGAAACAUGGCAGUAUCCUUCCCGGCCCCGCCGCCCGGGCCGGCUCAGGCCUUGUGUCCAAGCGAUUAUCCUCCGCGGUUGCGCAGCCUACUUCCGAGUCGAAACCGACGCGGGUCCUGUCGCCCGAUGACCUCUUCCACUCCUUCACCAACUCCCCGAUCCCAGAGAUCCGGCGACGCGCGGCCUUCAUACGACAACAUGCGGGAUGCCCACACCAUGACCACCAGCCAGGGGGCGCCAUGGCCCCGGCGCAUGUCGAUUUCGAGUGCCCGGAUUGCGGUAUCCCGGUGUACUGCAGCAAGGAGCACUGGGCCGAUGACUACGAGGCGCAUCUCCAAAUUUGCGACACUCUGCGCCAGAUCAACGAGGACGACCAUGACCUCCGGUCAGGCCGCUUUUUCCCCGAGUUCGAGUAUGCCGGGCCACAGAUGGAUGAUGCGCUGAUCAACAUGACCAACUGGGAUACCUUCUUGUACACCCGCGAGUUCAAUGCCGUCAACGACGACCGGAGCAUGAGGCAAGCAACGAGGCUUCUGACCUAUCCGGUCACUAUCGGAAGCGUCAUCCACGAACUCAGCCCAUACAGCAUCAAGCCCGGUGGCAGGCUGACGGUGGAGGGUCUCAAGAGCUUAAGCGCGCUCCGGUAUACUCUUCAUCCUUCAAAGUCGGGCGGCGGGCUGGACGUGAAGGGCCUGCGCAUGGAAUCCCCGGCGGUGCGCAUUUUCAUUCUGGGUGCUCGGGCCGAGUCAUCACUCCCUCGAGAUGUUUGGGUUCAACUGGCGCACCUCUUCCCUCGGUCGAGGAUCCACCUCAUCUUCAUUGGCCCAGAGAGCAUGCUUAACAGAGACGACGAGUUCCCUCUCCCUCCACGGACGCCGUCCAACCCGUUCGGCACCAUAGUCGAGGACAGGGUGUGGCCGACAAUGAAGAUCAGCACCAUUGUCGACUACUAUCACACCAUCCACAGGACGGGCUACUUCUAUCCCUACGAUCCCUACUUCGACUGCUUCGUCCUGUUCCAUCCGGGCUUGGGUCAUCCAGCUAGCUCGCACGAAUGGGAGGAGACGCUGCCUAUGCUGCUGGAGACUAAGGCGCCCAUCAUUGUUACCGGCUAUACCCAGGCUGACAUGCAGCGCGACAUUGACUGGGUUAACAAGACGGCGGCUGGCGAGUUCGACGUGCUGUUGGAGCCCGGCGAGAACCGGUUCCGCAGCCUCCGAUGGGACCUGAAUGACCUAGACCCUCAGGAUGUCAGCGCAGGCAACUGGGGGGUGUGGGCUUUUAGAGGCAAGAGAUAUGAGACGACGCGCAAGUCUGAGGAAUGAGCGGGGCCAUGGGCCUCUUGACUCUCUCUUGAGUCUUGUGUCGGAACCUCUUAACCUGUAUAAUAGAUUUGGGCCAGCUCGUCUCGCCCGUGUAUGUGGAGUACAAGCAUCGUGUGCACAAACCCGGUCUAACGCUGUGCACGGAUGCCACUCUCUAGUCUCUACGCGUCCAUCAACGAGAGAAAGACGCAGCCUUGUCUUGAGCUGGGCGGACUUGCAAGGCGGUUUCACGCCGAAAAUGUUGGAGGAUGCCAUGAACUGCUGCUGUUCGCUGCAUAGAGCCAGACACCCUAAUGCGCUGCCAAACACGGUUUUAUCAUGCAUCUCGGUAAAGGUAGGUACGUAUGUCCUAUCCCCUUGUAACAAGAACAUUUGAUUCAAAAAGCGAUGGUCUUGAAUAUCACACCAGUGUCUUGAAGUGUUGUGGAUGUUCACCGCCUGCCGUUUUCAAAUCGGUCGGAUGU